AUGAAGAAGCAUCUCAACGACUUCCACGAGAUGUGCGCCGAUGAGAAAGCAUGUGAAUGGAGCUCGCUCCGCCACACCGAGAGUCUUGAAAGCUCCAGAAAGCUGAUGGAAAAUACAUUCACAUCGACCAGCCAGGCCCCAUGGCUUGUGACCUGCGCCAUCAUGUCCUCAAAAUAUCCGGCACUAGAUAACGAAGGGGGCUGCUGUACCAAGAUGAUUGGUUGCGUGAGGACAACACGUGCUUCACCCUGGGGUUUGUCCGUCGGCUACAAGAUCCGUUCUGAUUGUUGGCGGAAAGGGUAUGCGACCCGUGCCUUGCAACUGUUCCUAGACGAGUAUUGGAGCCACGAGCGAACGGCGCCAAGGAGUGAUGUUUACGUCCAUCGAAAACCGGCGGAAAAUGGAUUGGCUUUGGAUCAAUCAUUAGCUGAAAAGAACGAAGGUGAUGGAGCUCAGCUGGGCCAUGUAUCAAAUGAAGAGAAUGACGAUGACGUUGAGAUAACGCAUCUCAUUGCCCAAGUAGAUCCCAAAAAUGUUGGAAGUAUGAGGGUAGCAGAGAAGUGCGGCGGUAAAUUCGUAACCAUCAGCGAGAAGAGCGUCAAGGUGUGGCGCUUCGAGGAAAAGCGGGAUAUGGCGGUCUGGAAACUGGACAAGCCUCUGAAAAGGGUAUAG